CCUCUCAUGGCCCUCCGCAGCCUGUCCUGGAUGCUGCUCUCCUGCCUGAUGUUCCUAUCUCAAAUCCAAGGCGAAGACUCCCAGAAUGAUAUGCGCUCAUCACGGAGCAGAUGUCCCAAAGGCUCCAAGGCCUAUGGCUCCCACUGCUAUGCCGUGUUUACAACACCAAAAUCCUGGAUGAACGCAGAUAUGGCCUGCCAGAAGAGGCCCUCAGGACACCUUGUGUCUGUGCUCAGUGGGGCUGAGGCAUCCUUUGUGGCCUCCCUGGUCAAGAACAAUGUGAACUCCUACUCACAUGUCUGGAUUGGGCUCCAUGACCCCACAGAGGGCUCUGAGCCCAACACAGGUGGAUGGGAGUGGAGUAGCACUGAUGUGCUGAAUUACUCUGCCUGGGAGAGAGAUCCCACCACCAUCUCAAACCCUGGCUCCUGCGGGAGCCUGUCACGAAGCACAGGAUAUCUGAAAUGGAAAGACUAUAGCUGUGAUGUGAAGUUACCCUACGUCUGCAAGUUCAAGAACUAG